AUGAACCUCGAAUGUAUCCCUUUAACGGCGCCAGCCCUCGCCUGGAGGAUGCUCGCUCUUCCUAUCAUCUCAUAUCUUGUUCAUCAAGUUGCGAUCACCGCAUACGAUGUCUGGUUUGGACCAUUGUCGAAGUUCCCUGGCCCACGGCUCUGGGCAGCGAGUAAUCUACCACUUAUAUGGAUGAUCUGGAGAGGACAAGACACAAAGACGAAACAACGUCUCCACUCACAGUACGGACCCGUGGUGCGAGUCUCUCCGACGGAGAUCAGUUACAUCGACGCAGAAGCCAAUGGCAAAGGCUUGUCAGGCACGAACGCCUGGAAGGAGAUAUAUGGUCAUCGACUGUCCGGCAAGAGGAGUUUUGCAAAAGACCGUCGCCUCUAUGCCAUUCCCGUCAAUGGAACCACCUCUAUCUUGAGCUCGGAUGAUUCCAGUCACGCACGACAGCGACGAGUCUUGUCGCACGCCUUCUCCGACAAGGCGUUGAAAGAAGAGGAGCCUCUCUUCAAACGCUGGGCGAGCCUGCUUGCAGAGAAGCUCGAGGCCUUGUCUUUUACCGACGCUCCUAUCGAUCUGGUCGCCUACUACAACUACACAACGUUUGAUCUGAUGGCCGACUUGACAUUCUCGGAAAGCUUGCAUAUGCUCGAAGGUUCCGAGUAUUCUCCAUGGGUUGCCACGAUUUUCGCGUCGAUCAAAUCCAUGACCAGGCUCCGCGCGAUCAGGUUGUUGCCGGGCAUGACUACUUUACUCAACGUUCUUUUGGGCAAUGCAAUUCGUAAGAAGCAGGUCAACCACUUCAAAUACUCUGCCGAUCGAGUGGAUCGGAGACUCGCGCAGACACCCUCCAGUCCAGACCUGUGGAGCUUUGUUUUGAAGAAAGCUGGACAAGAGGGCGGGAUGUCGUUGGGUGAGAUGCACAGCAAUUCAGCCAUGUUUAUGAUCGCAGGCACCGAAACGACUGCGACGCUAUUGAGUGGGCUGACUUACCACCUUCUUCGAAACUCCGCAACAGCUCAAAGGCUUACGCGUGAGCUGCGAUCAGCUUUUGCCCAUGACUCAGAGAUCACAAUCGAGGCUCUGCAACAACUCCCGUACCUUUCGGCUUGUAUCGAGGAAGGCAUGAGACUAUAUCCACCAGUACCGACUGGACUGCCACGACAAGUGCCAAAGGGUGGUGCCUGGAUAUGUGGAGAGUACAUUCCGGAAGAUGUGACUGUCAGUGUAAGCCAGUGGGCAACCUAUCACUCAGAGUCCAACUUUUACGACGCAGAAAGCUUUAUUCCAGAAAGAUGGCUCGGCGAGGAUGCACGCUUCGAACACGACAACCACGCUGCGUUUCAGCCGUUCUCGGUGGGGCCUCGCAACUGUAUAGGUCGCAACCUUGCAUACCACGAGUGUCGAUUGUUGUUGACAGAAGUCUUCUGGAAGUUUGACCUAGCACUCGUGGAUAAGAGCAGAGAUUGGACUGAUCAGAAGGUCUUCUCAUUCUGGGACAAGUCGCCCCUUUGGGUUCAGCUGAGACGAGCAGUCCGGUGA